AGCGUUCCCAUCCCGCGGUGAUGACGUAUCUGUGAACGGUCAACAGACACACACACACAAACACGGUCGGUCCGGACCGGACCUACACCGGGGAGAUUAAGCUCUCUUUUUCCUGCUGCCUGUGCGUUUAGGCGACCUGAUUAACAUCGUUCACACGAGGCGACCGGAACUGAGUGUCUACACGCAGCAGACGAGGCGGUUUGUGGCGGUUUUUGUGGAGGAGAGCGCGACGCCUGUUUUUAUUUGUGUUCACUGCGACACGGAAAGUGACAGUGCAGGGUUCCUCACACUGACAGCUUCCAGACACGACUGGACACUUAAACAUGCUGCUGCACUUUAGUUCAAUGACUUAAAGAGUCAGUUUUAGUACUUUAGUCGUCUUGCUGUAGGAGAGCAGCCCGGUGGAGGAAGCCUAAUCUUCAUCAUCAUCAUCAUCAUCAUCAUCACCCCACGCCUGGGUUUUAUAGUCUAAUGUUUCAGAUUUAAAUACAAAUGUCAGUGCUUAACUUAUCCUUGAACGCGGUGAGAGGAAAGUAAUGGUGGACCUUCAGAACGCGAUGUUGUCAACAUGACGUGCACGUGAGAGUUUCUCUUUUAAUGUGGAUAAAACUGAACGGAUUGACUUUGAAAGAUGUUGUAGGUGUUUACAUUUUUGCUAGGAACACGGGAUUGCUAAAGAACAGACUCAGGACACAGGUUGGAGUCAGCUGUCUCGUGCAAUCCUUUAAAUCAAUACUACACGACCGUAUGAAUGAAGAGAGGUGUGUAGAUAAGGUCAGGACCGCCGUUUAAAGCUGUGAUGUGAGCUUUUAGUGUGCAGUGCACUUAUUAAGGAGAUACUGAACUGUUUCUCCCUGGGUUUGCGAGGAUUGAGGGGACUUCUGUUGGGUUUGACAGGCAGUGGCGUGUGCUCCAGCUCUCUGGAAAUGAGAAAAUGAAUUGCGAGGAGCAAGCUGUAGAUUUGUGCAAUGCUUUAGAUUUGUGCAAUGUGUCUGAGAACACUACAUCACACCCCGCGGACGAGAUCCUUCCCCGUGACGGUCUCCUGCCGGCGGAUGGAGGUCAGGGGGAACGGGACGCUGCCGUCCUGACCCGGUUAAAAGACGUCCGGCCCAAGGAGGAUGGUUCCUCUGAGCUCAAAGCAAUGCAUAGUAAAAACAACGGCGCCGUUGUGGUGUCCGCCGACCCUGUUAACGGCUCUGCCGGCGAUCUGCAACAGAAUACAAGCACGUCUGAGGAGCCACCGGCGAGCAGGUGCUCUGUUGGAGACGGCGAUGAUGAUGAUGAUGAUGGUGAGACGGAUAUCGGUGUGGAUUUAAGUCUGGAUGAAAAUGGCGUUUUGGAGUGCGAGCCAGCGGCCCAGACUCAAAGUGAGGAAAGUGCCUCUAGCUGUGAGAACUCUCUAACGUCAGAAACUGUCAUAGAUAUGCAUUCGAAGCAACCUCCGGAGGAUGUGCCCGCGUCAGGCAGUGGAGCCGGGAGUAAGCACCGGUCCAAAAGAGUGACCUUUCCGUCAGACGAAGACAUCGUCUCGGGUGCGGUUGAGCCGAAGGACCCUUGGAGACACGCCCAGAAUGUGACGGUGGAGGAGAUUCUGAAUGCCUACAGACAAGCAUGCCAGAAGCUCAACUGCAAACCAAUCCCUAAAGUGUUCAAACAGAUCCAGGACUUAAAAGACCUGACACAGCGCAACGAGUGCCUAGAACUCAAAGGAGAGAAGCUGGACUAUAGAUCAUGUGAAUCUCUGGAGGAGGUCUUUAAGAGGGUGCAGUUUAAAGUGGUGGAUCUGGAACAGACAAACUUAGACGAGGAUGGAGCGUCCGCUUUGUUCGAUAUGAUAGAGUACUAUGAAUCCGCCACUCAUCUCAACAUCUCCAGCAACAAGCACAUCGGCACACGCGGCUGGCAGGCCGCCGCACACAUGAUGAGGAAGACGAGCUCUCUGCAGUACCUGGACGCCCGUAACACCCCGCUGCUGGACCAUUCGGCUCCGUUCGUGGCCAGAGCGCUGCGGAUCAGCGGCAGCCUGAGCGUCCUGCACCUGGAGAACACCGGCAUCUCAGGACGGCCGCUCAUGCUGCUGGCCACAGCCCUGAAGAUGAACAUGAACCUCAGAGAGCUGUAUUUGGCCGAAAACAAGCUGAACGGUCUGCAGGACUCGGCCCAGUUGGGGAACCUGCUGAAGUUCAACUACAACAUCCAGAUUCUGGACCUGAGAAACAAUCACAUACUGGACUCAGGGUUGGCGUAUAUAUGUGAGGGUCUGAAGGAGCAGAGGAAGGGUUUGGUCACCCUGGUGCUCUGGAACAACCAGCUCACACACAAUGGCAUGGGAUACCUGGCCGCCGCUUUGCCUUUCACUCAAAGUUUGGAAACACUGAACCUUGGUCAUAACGCAGUGGGGAACGAAGGAGUGCACAAACUAAAAGACGGACUCAUAGCAAACCGCUCCAUCCUCAGGCUGGGCCUGGCCUCCACCAAACUCUCCUGCGAAGGAGCGGUGGCUAUCGCAGAAUUCAUCGCUGAGAGUCCGAGGAUCCUCCGGCUGGACAUGCGGGAGAAUGAAAUUAAAACCGGAGGCCUCAUGGCUCUCACACUCGCCUUUAAAGUCAACACAUCGCUGCUCCGACUCGACCUGGACCGAGAGCCCAAGAAAGAGACGGUGAAGAGUUUCAUUGAGACACAGCGCGCCCUGCUGGCAGACAUUCAGAACGGCUGCAAGAGGAACUUCAUCCUGGCCAAAGAGAAGGAGGAGACGGAGCAGAAGAUGAGGCAGUCGGUUUCAAUGGCCGAAAUCGCCACUGAGGACCAAACUCAGGAGGAUGAAGAUGCAUCUGCUGAGAAACCCGAGGAAGAAAACACCACAGGUCAGGGAGACGCAACCGACGAGGGCAGUGCAUCUGAGAGCCAAGAGGUCAAAGAUCAAAAACCCACACUACAAGACGACUCGGACUCUGACACUGAGGAUGAGGACGCAGCCGAGGAGCCGAAAGCUUCUGGAAACACCACACCUCCCAUAGCGAUUCCUGCAAUAAACGCCUGUAAGGCCGUGGCCUCGACGCCUCCUGUAUCAGGAUCUCCAGCGGGAAUAAGAGUGACCGAAGCCAGCGCUGUCCCCGGAGCCCCAGCAUCCCCUGGCCGCUGCAUUUCAGUGUCUAGUCCUGGCAGAGGACACAAAAUCUUUAUGGUAACCCGUGUGGAAAGCCCUCCGGAGCAGCAACAGAUGACUGUAUUGGCGAAAGGUGUCAGCGAGAGGGCGGCAGAGAGCCAAACACCCACACAGACUAAUAUAAAAGCACCUUUAGAUGCACCAUCAAACCAAACAGCAUCUGAGCCCAGCACAUUAACAGCAUGUGCAGAAACAACACCAGCACCUGUUCAACCGCUCAGCACGUCUUCACAUGCGGAUAAGCAGGAGGAUAUGAAGGAGUCUCACGCUUCACCAUCAGAAGUCACACAGGAACCUGCCCCGCAAUUUGAAAGCCAGAAGGACGCCGCCCUUGCCGAUCAGACUCACUUAGAGCAGCAGUUGAUUGUAAAUACAAACACAGAAACAUCGCACAGUGUGAGCGAGAACGACCAGACGUUCUGUUCUCACACGGAGCAGAAACAGGACACAGACCCAUCAGUUUCAGGACAGUCCCGAGAUGAGACGCCAAAGCCAAAAGCCGAACCAUGUCCAGAACAGCUGCGGGAAGUUCAGCCAGGUGCUAACGGAGAAAAACAAGCGCAGUCUGGUGAGCAGCAACAGGCCUCUCAGCUGCAGGAGGUCACAAGAGGUCACGAACCCCUCGAUGAGGAAGACUGCAGUGCUCGGGUGGGAGCUCCUGUCCAGAUCUCCACAGAAGAAGCUGAAGGUCAUCCGGCUGUGAGUACGGGAGCAGUGCUGCCCAACGGGCUCAAGCCAGAGUUUGCCUUUCACCUGCUCGAACCCGAGGGACCCAAACCAGCCAGCUGCAUUAUGGAGCAUGUGAGCGUGACAGCAGAGCUGAGCUGUGGGCAGGAUUUAGAGGAGCUUCUCCUUGAUGCCAGUCUGGACACCAGCAGAGAUGCACCAUAAUGCUGUAACCAAGGAUCCACACAUGCAGAGAGAAUCAGAAGGGCCGGUUUGUUCUUGCCACGUGGCAUUCGCUCAUAUUCCUCGGGUCUCUUUUUCCUGUCUUUUCCACUAAUUUUCCAAUCGUUGCAUCAGAACACAGAGGACUCACCUUCCCUCCAGUGUCCAUCUUUGAUUGAAAUUAGGAAAAUCUCUUCUGUGAUUCAAAGAUUUGCCGUAAAGUUACACGUUCGCACAGUUACCAAAGACGCACAUGCAGAGAAACACACACACGCUCGCUAACCGGCGACCUCCUUCUGUUCCUCUCCGUUACGCUGUCGACUGUGGUGCCUCACCGCAGCGCUGCUCUCCGCCGCCCCCUGGUGGACUGGAGUUUGUAAUCAAGUACAGAGACUGACCGGCUAGAGCAUGCAAAGACAUUUUCUUUGGUUUUGGCUUUCCGAUACGGUCAAGUGGGCAGACGUUGUUUCGUGAGAGCUUCGUUUGCAAGUCUCUGUGUGUGUUUGUUGUUAUUAAAGUCUCGUUAACACAAAAAAAGACUUGAGCUCUGCUUUCCGUUGGUUUCUGCUGCUCAGGAAUCGGUCCAAACACCCACUUCUGAUCUCACCAGGUUCCCUUCAUCAACCAGCACUUCUGAAAGCCCCCGAAACCUGCGUGAAUGUGUGGAACAGUUUAGAGAGUCAUCUGAAUGAUUCAGACAUCUGAACGAAGCUGUACCACUUUCUCUCUCUCUUGGCAUCUCAAACACUCAUUCUGUCUUCCGUCGGUAAUACCCAGUGCGUCACCGUACGUACCCAACUGAAGACAGGACAAGACACGUUUGCCUUUAAACCUUCUUUCAGCUCUUUAUUCUGGCUGCUUGGCUGAAUCAGUUUGUAUUUAUUUUAAACAACCCGAGUCUGUUGUGAUUUUUUUUUUUUUUUUUUUCUCUCUUCAUGUUCCCCAUCUUUUUUUAAGCUGUUUUUGUGGGAUUCUCCCCCUUUGGUGUAUAUUUUCAGAUUCUAUAAAGAGCAAAUAUUAAGUUUAAAGUUUUCCUAUUUUGAUUGGUGGGGGCUUGGGAAAGGGGCGGGGCUCUGGGAAUUGAUUUAUAUAAAUAGGGCUGGAGCUCUGGGAGAGUAUAAUAUGUAAACCAGGCGUGAAAUGAAGGCAGUAGGAGUGCCUGAGCACAAGACUUCAUGAAGAAAACACUACGCUUGUGUGAAGCUACUGCCGCUGGAGACACUAUAAAGACUACACCUUACCUCGAGAGACGUCACCAUCGUCAGACUAACGUGUGAUUCUAGGGCAAAGAGAAGCUUGUGACAUCUUGAGCUGAUCAGUGUAGUACUUUCCACCAUUCCAGGCUCUGUGGUUGGUGCUUUUCAGUCUCUCUCUCUCUCUCUCUUUAUCGUCUGGUGACGUCUAUCUGCCAGAGUUCAGAGAAGCUUUGCAUCUACAUCCAGAUCGUCUUUGACCUUGAAAUCAACACUUCUGUGCUGCUCCCCAACCCGAUGUUUGUAAUGCUUUAUUUUUAGUCAUUUUUAAAAUUACCUGUUAAAUUAAUCCAACUGUACUGGUAAACACAAAGAGAUGUGUAUGGCUUUUCCCUCUCAAAUAAAUGCAUGUAAUGACAAAAA